AUGACUGCUAAAAAUGUAACAACUCUUGAACCCUCUACUACUAUAAAUAAACCUCAUUCUAUGACUAGUUUGUAUCUUGAUCCCAUUAGUGUUGAACCUAAUGUUUGUGUUUCUAAAGAUGAUCCUGUUAUGCCAAAUGUUUUGGAAGAUGUUGAAGCCUCUGAAACCAGUAAUAGACCUAGGUUUUUUACUACUUUGAGUAAAUCCAAUAUGAUUGUUACAGACAAAGACGACGUAGAUAAGAAUAUAUGUGUGUUGAUCUCUCAAGCGUUAUGUAUUGAACCCAAGACUAAUGUCUUGCCAGAUGUCUCCACAUCCUUGGCCCAACCUGAUAACACUACUAAAACCCCCCUAAAUAAAUCUGAUAAAACCCCCCUAAAUAAAUCUGAUGUGAAUGUAUCUACUCUGUCUCCUGAAAAAUUGAAAGACAAAGAGGCAUCUGAAGGGAUGACUGGUGAUCUAGCUGAAAAAGAUGAAAACUCUAUUGAGAAAAAGGAUCAAUCCACUUUCAUAGUAAAUGUAGAGGAUUUGGAGUCUGAUGAUGUACCCAUAGGUCAAAUACUUGUUCUUGGAAUGGCUAAAAGAUUGAAAAUUAGAAAAGGUCAAGCUAUUGAAUCCUCUAGCAUGCUCUCCAAAUCUCUCAGAAAAAGAGCUAGUGUUGGCCCUACAAAAAUAUGGAGCAAGCAUAUCGUGUCUACUUCCAGAAAGCAAUCAUCUGGGAAGAAGAUUCCAGCAAAUAUUCUUGAAGUUCCAAUAGACAACAUUUUGUUUCACUCUGUGGAGAAUGUUGAAAAAUGGAAAUUUGUUUAUCAAAGAAGAUUAGUACUGGAAAGGGAAAUGGGCAAAAAUGGUUUUGAAUGCAAAGAGGUGAUGAGUCUGAUUCAAGAGGCUGGAUUAAUAAAAACUAUAACUGGAUUUGGCAAGGAAUGUGAUAACAAGAGAAGCAAGGAGUUUAGAAAAGUGUAUGUCAGAGGAAGAUGUGUGGAUUUUUCUCCUGAAACAAUAAAUAGGUUUUUUGACAUAAAUGAAGAAGAACAAGUUGAAGUAGAAGUGUCUGACAAUGUUAUCUACAAAGUGAUUACAGCUAAACAAGUAAAGGAAUGGCUAAGGAAAGGGAAGUUGUCUGCAAGUGCCCUGAGUGUGAAGUAUGUUGUACUUCACAGAAUUGGAGUUGCUAAUUGGAUACUAACCAAUCACACUUCCAACAUUGGUAUAGGACUAGAUACAUGCAAGACCUUGGAUGAAACUAUCAGAAUUUGUACUAAGAGGAAAAGCAAGAUUGAAAUGUUGAAAGAUGAUGGAACAAGUGAAGAAGAGGAAAAUGAAGAAGGUUUUGAUGCAAGUGAUGAUGGAGACACUACCAACAGUGAUGAAGACCGAAGCAUUAUGGUUCUUCUAUGUGUUGGUUGUUCUUCUGUUUUUUUUGGGUUAUGCCCUGCAUUUUUUUGCACUUUAAAGUACUCUUGGUUGUGUUUGGUUUGUAAACUCUCUUUUGACUGA